UGACUCGUUCCAACUUCCAAAAAAAGGACAAUAAACGUUAUUGGUUAACAACGGUUACUCCGCAAGUCGGAGAAAGAAAAUUUUGGGGGGCACUAUCGUUUAUCUAAUAUUAUUUCGCCCUACAAAAAGCGGGAAAGUAGAGGCUGAGCAAAGUAUGGGAGUCCAUUCCAUGGGAACAAGCCAACAACGUAUUUGACCUGUUCUCCUUCAUUUUCCUUCCUUCUCUUCCCCUCCUAAUAAAUCCAUCCCCGAUUUCUCCGUUCUCUUAAACACACUCUCCCUCUUUCUGCCUCUGCUUUCCAUAACUUUCUUCUUCUUCUUCUUCUUCUUCUUCUUCUCUCUCUCUUUGAUGGCUUCCUCCGCCUAGUAUCUUGAGCCUCUCUUGGAUUCUCUAGGACUCUUGUUUUUCUUUCUUCAGUCUUCUCUAAUGGAAAUGGAGCGACCAAAUGAAGAACAGAGGAUUAUCGAAUCCUCAACCCCAGAACAAACUAAAAUCGAAAACAAGGUCCUCACUGAAGAAAACGAAGGAAACAGAUCGAAAAAUUGCACUUCCGGCGGAGGAACCGAAGAAAUUGCCGGAAAGGGUAACGAGAAUACGUCUCGAAACGAGAAUCCGGGAGUUGAUCGCGGUUCCGAUAAUAACGGUGACGACAAUAUCUCCGGAAGCAAGGUUCAUGGAGGAUAUGAAGAUUUAGAUGGUAUAGAAAACAUGAAGAGUUCCUCAGAUAAAUUGGGGGAAAGAACAGAGAAUAAUCAAAAUUCAUCCGUAAUUGAGAUCGAAAAGAGACAAAUAUACAUUGAAGACGGCAGAAGCGGUUCCUCUACCGGUCAAGAUAAAGCUGCGGAAGAACAGAUUGCGUACGGGAAUGAAGAUUCCUCCGACUUGAACCCCUCGCCAAGUCCUCGCAGGAUCAACUGUGACGUGAGGGUUGUCCAGCCUCAUUCACAACUUCCGAAACCAGAAACUCCACCGGGGUUACGGAAAUCCCCAUCCACCGGCGAGGAUGAUUACCACCCAAAAGAACAGUCAGUUUCCUCAGGGGACAAUUUCUCCGUCGACAUGCCGGCUAUAGGGAAGUACAUCCGAGAGCAGAGCAACAACUUCUCUGCUGCAAUCGCGAAGCGCAUCAUGUCUUUCAAGGAGGGCGACGACCGGACGGCGAACGGCAGUAACGUGAACCAGAGCAUCCCGUCUGUGAGUGAGGGCAAUCUUUCGGGAUUGAAGGUAAUCGUGCAGCUCAAUAAAGAGGAAAACAGAGAGUUGAACUUCAAGGGUCGGAUCAGUUUCUUCUCGAGGUCGAAUUGCAGAGACUGCACGGCAGUCCGAACGUUCUUCAGAGAGCAAGGGUUGAAGUUCGUGGAGAUCAACAUCGACGUAUAUCCGCUCCGAGAGAAGGAGCUGAUCGAUAGGACGGGGAGCUCGACGGUGCCGCAGAUUUUCUUCAACGAGAAUCACAUCGGAGGAUUGGUGGCGCUAAACUCGCUCAGGAACAGCGGGCAGUUCGAGCAGAAGCUGAAGGAGAUCAUGACGAGGAGAUGCCCCGAGAACGCGCCGUCUGCGCCGCUUUACGGAUUUGAUGAUCCUGAUGAGGAUCAGACGGACGAGAUGCUUAGUAUCAUUAAGGUUUUGAGGCAGAAGCUGCCGAUCCGGGACCGAUUGAUGAAGAUGAAAAUCGUGAAGAAUUGUUUCUCAGCGAGCGAGAUGGUGGAUCUCAUCAUCCAGCAGCUCGGUUGCGGCAGGACGGAGGCUGUUGAAAUUGGGAAGGAGCUGGCUAAAAGGCACUUCAUCCAUCACGUAUUCGGUGAACAUGAUUUCGAGGAUGGAAAGAACUUCUAUCGCUUACUUGAGCAUGAAGCUUUCACUCCCAAAUGCUUCAACUUCCGAGGAUCCACCAACGACAGUGAACCGAAGCCAGCAGCUGUUGUCGGUGAAAGACUUACAAAGCUAAUGUUUGCCAUACUCGAGUCCUAUGCUUCUGAGGACAGGCUUCAUGUUGAUUACCUCGCCAUCAGUACCAGUGAGGAAUUCCGGAGAUAUGUGAAUAUGACUCCAGAUCUACAACGUAUUAAUGUGCUUGAGCUAUCAGAAGAUGAAAAGCUGGCUUUCUUCUUGAACCUGUACAAUGCCAUGGUCAUUCAUGCCGUGAUUAGGGUGGGUUGUCCACAGGGGGUAAUUGACAGGAGAUCUUUCUUCGCUAACUCCCAAUAUAUAAUAGGAGGCCACCCCUACUCCCUCAACACAAUCCAGAAUGGGAUUCUUAGAUCCAACCGGCGACAACCUUACUCCUGGAUGAGACCUUUUGGUGCUGGAGAUAAGCGUUUAGAGGUGGUUCUUGCUAAUGUUAACCCAUUAAUCCAUUUUUCCAUUUGCAACGGCACAAAGUCAAGCCCAAAAGUGCGGUUUUUCUCAAGCCAAGGGAUUGAAGCAGAAUUGAGAUCCGCCACGAGGGAAUUCUUCCAUGAAGAUGGGAUGGAUGUGAACUUGGAAAAAAGAACUGUACACCUGAGCCGAAUUCUUAAAUGGUAUAGCGUGGAUUUUGGAGAAGAGAAAGAGAUUUUGAAGUGGAUCGUCAAUUUCCUGGAUUCAACCAAAGCUGGCCUUCUGACACACCUGUUAAGCGAUGGAGGCGCUGUUAAUGUUGUUUAUCAAGACUAUGAUUGGUCCUUGAAUAGUUAAGUAUUCAAAUCUUCGUCCGCAUGAGAUAAUAUAGAAUUUAUUUUUUUUAGCAAAUUGAAAAUUUCAUCCAAUUUCACGAGUUCAUGAAAAAGGUGGAAAUAUUCUGAGGAAAAAAUACGUGAAAUAAUAUUAAAAUACAAUUUUGAGAGAUGUAUAUAUCACUAUAAAUUUUUUUUAUUAUUUUUAUGCUUGUUUUUUCCAGUCUCUGUUUGGAGUGGGGAAGUAUGUACGUAUUUGUAUACUGUUGAUUAGAGAGCUUUCUUUCUAAUGGAACUGUUCGGAAAUGGAAGUAUGUACGUAUUUUUUUCA